CUUAGUUCAUAAACAAACUUUGAGAAUAACACGUUGCGCUAAUCUGAUAUUUCUAAGGAUAUCGACAAGUUUUCUGAUAUAUAUAUAAAUAUGUGCCGGGUUUAGUUAUAGAUCAUAGUAAGAACAAUCAUAUCAUGAACAUGUAUUUCAAGCCAAUGCUUAUUCUACUAGUUUUAGCAGUUUCAAUGCAAUGUUCGUUUUCUUUGAAUCGUAAAAAAUUCCCUGCCUAUUUUAUGUUUGGAACAGCAACGGCCGCACAUCAAGUGGAAGGUGGAUGGAACGAGGAUGGAAAAGGAGAGAAUAUAUGGGACAGACUGUCACAUUCAACUACACUUGUUUUGAAUAACGAAACAGCAGACGUAGCGUGCGACUCAUACCAUAAAUACAAAGAAGAUGUAGCUAUGCUAAAAUUUCUGGGAGUUAACCAUUAUCGAUUCUCCAUUGCUUGGUCUAGAAUUCUACCAACAGGAAUCAAUAACCAGAUAAAUGAAGCCGGAAUAAACUAUUACAAAAGUCUGAUUAAAGAGCUUAAAGAUAAUGGCAUUGAACCCUUAGUAACUAUGUUCCAUUGGGACACUCCACAACCCCUACAAGAUGUUGGUGGCUGGACAAAUGAAAUUAUAAUUGAUAUAUUCGCGGACUAUGCCAGAAUACUUUUCGAAACAUUUGGUAGUGAUAUUAAGUAUUGGUUAACAUUCAAUGAACCGAAACAGACUUGCCAGGAAGGUUAUGGAUCUGGCGUUAAAGCUCCUGCUAUCACAUCGCAUGGUUAUGGAGAAUAUUUAUGUGCCCACAAUCUCAUAAAAGCACAUGCUAAGGUGUGGCAUAUGUAUGAUAAAGAAUUUAGGAAUGAGCAACAAGGCUUAGUUGGUAUCACGAUUGACUCUAUGUGGAUGGAACCAGAAACAGACAGUGAACAAGACAAAAUUGCUGCAGAACGGAAAAUUCAGUUUACGUUUGGAUGGUUUGCUAAUCCAAUAAUUAACGGAGAUUAUCCAUCUGUUAUGAAGGAAUAUAUCGCUAAAAGAAGUAUGAUACAGGGCUUCACACAAUCUCGUUUGCCCGAGUUUAGUGUAGAAGAAAUAGAAUAUAUUAAGGGUACUAUUGAUUACCUUGGUGUUAACCACUAUACAUCCACUCUUGUACGUCAUGUGGAAGAUUCAAAUAAAACUGAGGUUUCGUGGGAAGCAGAUUCUGAGACAUAUUUGUACCAACCUGAGCAAUGGGAGUCCACUGCAUCAGAUUGGUUGAAAGUAACACCAUGGGGGAUAAGAAAACACCUUAAUUGGAUUAGUGCUACAUAUGGGAAUAUACCACAAUUAAUUACUGAGAACGGAUAUUCAGAUAAUGGAACAUCACUUGAGGAUGAUAGACGGAUAUAUUAUUAUCAGGAAUAUUUAAGUGGAGUAAGGGAUGCUUUGGACGACGGUGUUAAUGUCAUUGGAUAUACAGCUUGGUCACUUAUGGACAAUUUUGAAUGGCUCAGAGGAUUUUCAGAGAAAUUUGGUUUAUAUGGUGUCGAUUUUGAAGACCGUGGAAGACCUAGGUAUCCAAAAAAAUCAGUUAUGUAUUUCAAACACGUGGCAGAAUCAAAAUGCAUUGUUGAUGAACUAGAAUGCGUAGGAGAAACCAGUGUUGACGACAUAGCUAAAUAUGUUUAUAAAAAUAUGAUCAAUGUAUAAAAAUUCCUGUAUUCAAUUAA